AUGUAUGCAUAUUUAUUUAAUAAUAUAGGUCUGCUAAGUGUUCUAUCAGCAAUAACAAUUUAUUUGCCUGAUGAAGUAGCAUCAUUUACUCGUUGUCCCGAACGUGGAACAACACAAUUCUCGUCAAUAUCAUAUUAUGCUGACGAAAAAUUUUGCAAUGUCUAUCAUAAAUGCAAUUGUUCUCUUGCCGAAUGUUAUGUAGUCGAAUCUCAUGUCUGUCCAAUUGCAAAAGUCUAUUCUAAAACUAGAGCAACUUGUUUAGACAUUGAAGAAGAAGGUUGCGAAUCAACCUAUGUACAAUGGGUACAAACACAUAGUAGCAAUACUGAAGAAAGCAACGGUCGCGCUGCUAUUAUGAUAUCUGAUUCACUUCUUCCGUCUACAAGUGGUAAAGAUUUCGAAUGUGAACAAGGUCAACCAGGAAAAUUUAGUGAUCCAAAUAUUUGCAAUAUAUUUCAUGUUUGUAUUACACGUAAUGAAAAAACAGUUGAUCAACCAUUCAUGUGUCCAUAUCCGACUAUAUUUAAAUCUGGUCCAUCAGGAAAAAUGUUUUGUGCACGACCUGAACCAAACGAUUGUCAAGGUAAAGCUUUCUAUCGUACAAUGGAAGAUUCAACAAAUAUGGCAAAAAAUAUCUACAAUGAUAAUGACGAUGCCACAAGUUAUCGUUUACCAGAAAAUAGUCUGAUAAUUGAAGAAUGUACAAAAUCAGGUGUUUACCCUGAUAGUCUCUAUUGUAAUGCUUAUCAUAAGUGUACAAACAAAGGUGAAGACGAACAAUAUUUAUGUGAAAAUCAAUUAUUAUUUAACCCCGAAUCAAAUAUUUGCGAUUAUCCUAUCAAUGUUGUAUGUGGAGGUAAAGGUUUACUUCGUCGUCCAGCAGGCUUUUCAAAUGGUACACUUGUUAAUUCUUCAUAUAUUAUGGUAUAUGGCACUGAAUUACGUCCUGAUUGUCCAUCACAUGUUUCAAAUGUUCUUGUUGCUGAUGUUAAUUAUUGCAAUGUUUUCUAUCAUUGUCAAUCCGGCCAUGGGUCAGUUUAUAUGUGUCGUGAUGGAACCGUAUUUGAUUCAUUGAAUCAAGAAGGUGUUAGUUCAUGUCGUUCAGAAGAAUUAAUCGAUUGUGGUAAUCGUUUAAUUUUAACACCACAAGGUAAACGUUUAUCAACAUAUGUUAAAAAUGAACGACCAAAAUCUAAUAUGAAUGGAUUCGGUAUGGAAAGUACUUACUCAAAAGAACGAAGAAUAUCAUUUAAUAACAAUAUCAACAAUAAUAACAAUAACAAUAUCAACAAUAAUAACAAUAAUAACAAUAAUAAUAUGAAUAUGAACAUGAAUAAUUUUAAUGCACAAUAUUCAAAUUUUAUUUUAUUACCACCACCAAUGCAUAAUCAAAAAGUUGUUGUUGAUGUACCAUUUGAUUGUAAGGGACGUAUUGAUGGUCAUUGGCGUGAUGUACGCUAUUGUGAUAUAUUUCAUGCUUGUAUUGCUGGUGAACAAAAACGUUCGUAUGGUUGUAAUCAAAUAGGAGAAAAAUUUUAUUUUGAUGAUGCAUCACAAAAAUGUGAAUUUACUAGCCGAACUCCAAGUGGCUGUCAAUCAAAUCAAUAUUAUACAUCAAUUGAACCAAUACCAUCUAUACCAGGAUCACAAUUAGUUACAGAGCCACCAACAGAACCAUGGAAAAUUUUCAUUCAAUCACGUGAACAAUUUGGUUGUUCAGGAAAACAAGACGGUUUCUAUGCUAGUCGUUGGUGCAAUGUCUUUUAUCGAUGUUAUACGGGUAUAGCUACUUCUUUUCUAUGUCCAAAAAUGCCAAGUGGUGCUCGAUUAUGGUGGGUUCAACAUGGUUCACCGCAAAGUAUUGCACAAGAAACAGCUUCAUGCACAUGGCCAUGUGAAACUGGUCGACGAUGUGGAAGUCCCGGUGGUAUUAUUGCUGACUCAGGUUCUACAGUUGGUGAAAGUCAACAAGAAGCUGAAACAGUUUUUUCACAAUCACUCUGCACAACAGCAUCCGCUGGCGGAUCGGGAACAGGAACAGGAACAGGAUCAGGAGGAGGAGCAGGUAGUUUUCCAAGCAUGAGCUCAGGUGGAUCGAGUAGCAGCGGUUCUCUCGCACCAAAUCCACCGAUGACUGGUGGAUCAUCAAGUUCAAGUGCUGGUAGUGGUACUAAAUUUUCCGGUCCUGUAGCAAUGGGGGCUGGAAUCGGUAGCACUGCAGGUGGAUCAUCAUCCACAUCGGAUGGAGCAUUUAGUGUUGAUUCAGAAGUAAGUUGUAUUGGACAAGCCGAUGGUGUUUUUCUUGCAAGCCGCUAUUGUAAUAUAUUUCAUCGUUGUGUUAGCGGUAGUCGACGAGAUUUCCGUUGUCCUCGUGCUACCAAUACACCAUACGAUCUUUGGUGGAAUCAGCAAACUCAACAAUGCGAUUGGCCAUGUCGAAUUCAAUGUUCUGGCUCUGUCUAUGGUACAUCAACAUCAUCUCAACAAGUUCGAACGGAAAAUGCUUUAUUAUUCAGCAACGAAUGUGCUGGUUAUCAAGUUAAUUUUCAUGCACAUGCAAAUACAGGUAUCCUCAAUGGUCAAGCCAUGGCUUAUUCAUCGAUAUCUCAUGAACCUGAGCCAACACGUCUUGCAAUGUCAAAAUUAAUUGAAAAUCCAGAUCCAAAUUUCAUUUGUACACAAGCUGGUAAAUUUCCAACACGACGUUAUUGUAACGUCUAUUAUGAAUGUUCGGAUGCUGGCUUAGCACCAUUACAAACCUAUGAAUGUGUUGAUAGUUUCUUUGAUCGUAGUCAAGGUGUCUGCAUGCCAAAAGAUCAAGUUCCAUGUUUAGGUGGUAUCUUUCCAUAUGAUUCAGUUCCAAUUGAUCGUAAUCCAGAUUCAUUACAAUGCUCAACUAAUUCUGGCUUUCAAUUGCAUACAUCGAGACAAUUUUGUAAUAUUUAUUAUUUAUGUGAUGGAACACAAACAACGCCAACUACAUUCCGUUGUUUCGAUCGUCAAACUCAACAGGAAGGUAUCUAUGACCCAUUUGCUGAACGUUGUGACUCACGACGAAAUUCAAAUUGUCAAAAUGCCAUAUUAAAUUUGAGUCAUACACAAUUGUAUCGUUCAGUAUCGAUCGAUCAUAGACGUUUACCAGAUCUAUCAAUUUUACCAUGUAAAUAUGAUCAACAAUAUGUUAUUGAACACGAACAAUAUUGUAAUUUAUAUCAUGUAUGCAAACAAGGUAAUUAUCAUUUAUUUGCUUGUAUAUCCAAUGGUGAAGAUAAUCAGCCGACAUCCUAUUUCUAUCAACCCAAUGGUCAAUGUGCUGCACCAUUACCAACAUUAUGUCCACGAACGAAAAGUGUUUUUAGCUAUGGACGUCUAUUAGCAACAGCUAAUAGUGAAAUUUUUCAACCAUUUAUUAUGCCUGAACAACAACAACAACAGCAUCAUAAUUAUGGUUCAAUCCCAAUUCAAGAACGUGUUGAACCAAUUCCAAAAUGUCGUUCAACAGAUAAUUAUAUCAUUUCACAUGAACGUUAUUGUAACUUAUUUUAUGGUUGUAAAGAAGGUGAACUCAUUCUCUAUGCUUGUGUUGAUCGUUUAACACAUACUUACGGUGGUCUAUUUCAAUCAUCAACAGGAAAUUGUAUUUCACCCAAUGAUAAUUUAGGUCAAUGUGCAACAAAUGAAUUUUUUCGUCCAACAAUCGCUCCAACAACACGUAAUUAUCCUAAUGCAGCAUUUCGUUCGUAUACAAUGCUUGAAACAUCCAAUGAUACAGUAGCAACUAAUAAUCAUGAACAACGUCGGUCAAACGAAACAACUGAAAUGAAAUCAUCAUUUUCAUGUGCAAAUCGUGCUGAUGGUUAUUAUGAAUCUGAAUGGUGUAAUAUUUUCUAUCGUUGCGUUGCUGGAAAACGUAUGGAUGAACGUUGUCCAGGAGCUGGCACUCAAGCAUUGGCUAAUUAUGAUCUUUGGUGGAGACAUCAAAAUUCAGUUUAUAAUGGAACAAAUCCACUUUAUUUUGGUGGUUUAGAUUAUAAAGUUCGAUGUGAAUGGCCAUGUAAAGUUGAAUGUCAUAAAUCAGUAUGGUUAUCAACAGAGAAUACAAAUGGCAGUGCUGACGUUGUUUUACAGAAAGAUCAAACACUUCGACCUGAUUGUUCAAUAGUUGUUAAUCGUAGAAUGGAAAAUACAAUGCAACAAACACAACAAAUGAUUAUGUAUUCCGAUAUUCCAAAUCCAUCGAAUUUCACAUGUCCAUUUAAUUUACAAGGUGUUAAAGCUCGUUUAGGCGAUGCGAAAUUUUGCAAUGUUUUUCAUGAAUGCAUCAAUGGAAAAUUAAUCGGUUCAUUUCUUUGUAUUGAAUCGCAAUUUGAUACGAAAGAAAAAGAUUGUGUUAGCUUUACAAAAUCAAGCACAUGUCCACAUGAACGUCGGUAUUCAUAUUCACGUGCACAGUUAGCUGCUCAAACAACACCUACAACCUAUUUUGAAGCUGUCGAAAUUCGAAGUGUCAAUCCAAGUGGUUAUGAAUGUAUCACUGAUGGUAUUCAUACAGAUCCAAUGUUUUGCAAUCUAUUUCAUGCUUGUUCGGGCCGCACACGACGUACAUUUCAAUGUCGUCAAACAGGUACAGACGGUGUCAACGACGGUGUAUCAACCUUUGAUCUAAAUACAAAGAGUUGUGUACGAUUUUCUCCUUAUUCAUGUCAAACAUUACUCUACAAUCAAGAAUUUGUUAUUUUACCUGUUAUGUUUAAGCCUCCAACAGUUUCACCAUGUGGUAAAGAAGGUUUCUUUCCUGUAUCGGAUGUAACUGCACAAUAUUGUAACAUGUUUGCAUGGUGCCCUAAAGGACAUGGUGAAGCUAAAGUUUUCGAAUGUGUUCCAUCAUUACCAGGCGCGCAUUUAGGUGCGUUCGAUAUGUCAAGACGUUCAUGUACAUCACGUACAACAUGUCCACGUGCACGUCAAUCAUCACCCUAUAAUACAAGUCUACUUGCAAUGACCUUACGACCAAAAGUAGUUAGCAUUAGUAAACGAAAACAAUUCUCAUUGACAAGUACAAUGCUUGAGAAUGGUUAUAUUGCAUUGGGUGUUGACUUUCAAACAUCGUUUACAUGCCCAAUAGGUACAACUGGAUUUCAUUCUAAUCCAAAUUAUUGUGAUGUUUUUCAUUAUUGUUAUGAAACGGGUGAAUUAUCAUCAUUCGUUUGUGCAUCAAUGCCUAAUCGCUAUCAAUUAUGGUGGAGUCAUCAAAAUGAACCGGGUCGACCAGAUAAUGUAUUCUGUGAUUGGCCAUGUAAUUUACAAGGUGUUUAUUCUUGUCCAGCUCAUAAGACGAUUCUUAUGCGCGAUCGCCAACCGAUUGGUAAUGUCGCACAACAAGAAGUUAUUGAAGCUACUUGCUCAUCAGCUCAAGUACCAACUGUUGCUAUUAUUAACUCGGGCUAUACACCAGAUCCUACUGGUUUUAUGACUCCAGGAUUUUAUCCUUCACCGUCUAUGGAUUUUAAUAACAUUCCACAACAAUCUCAGCAACCACAAAUACCUCAACAGCCUCAACAACCACAACUACCCGUUGCUUCAUCUAUACUUGGUUAUCAACCAUGUCAAGCAUCAAACGAAUGGUAUGUCAGUCCAUCAUCCAUUCGUUGUAGUUCAUCAUUUGCUGCCAUGGGUUAUGCACCCGAUCAAAAAGAUUGUUCAAAAUAUUAUGUAUGCGAUCCAUAUAUCGGCGGCGAUGGCAUGUCAUCAGGUAUUUUAAUGCAAUGUUUGGCUGGUUUAUGGUGGGAUCAACAACGACGUACAUGUGUACUUCCAUCUGAGGUUGCAUGUAAUCCAUAUAAUAUCAUUAAUUCUCAAGGACAAGGUCCAAUUUUUGAUAAUAAUGUCAAUGUUAUGUAUCAACCAUCCGUACCGUUACCAUCAUUCGAUACGACACCUCUUGUUGUUUUCCCACAACACCAACAGCCUGCUCAAAUUGUUCCAGGACAAGGAGGUGCUGAACCGCCAUGUCGCGGUGGUCCAUUAUGUCUUGAGGUUGGACUUAACAUUCUUCAACAGAUGAAAGCUAUUCCAGGUCGACCAGGCUGGUUUUAUAAAUGUGACAGCCAAUGUGCCCUUGAAAUGCGUUGCCCACCAGGUUUAGUAUUUGAUGAUUCCUAUCAAAGAUGUGAAUGGCCUGGUGCAGGUCCUCAAAUGAUAAAUCAACGUCUAAGCAGUUUAAGAGACAUGAAAUCUGAAGAUAAUAAAAAUGGUACUAAAACAAGUGUGAAAAAAAUGCGUUUAAUGACAACAAUGAAACAAGCCCCUAAAGCAUCAUCAACAGUGUCAACCUCGUCGUCAUCAUUCUCAUCACCAUCAACGACAACAGUGUCAUCAGCAAAUGAAACAGCAAAAAUGGUUUCACCAUAA